CGAGAGAGAGAGAGAGAGAGAGAGAGAGAGAGGUUGGUGAAGAUCAGUUGAGUCUUAGCACGGAGCUCUUCAGUCAAUGACAGCGCUCACAUUCUCCUCUUGAAGAUGCUUGUGCUGGUCAGUGUGUGCGCGCUGCUGAUCGCCGGAGCUUCUGCCCGCAACGACAACGGCAAUUUUUUGGACGACAAAUGGUUGACCGGGAGAUGGGACAAAUUCAGAGAUGUGAGUGCUGAACCAGGAACAUGGAGCCCAGGAAAACCAUUCGAUCAAGCUCUGGACCCUGCCAAAGACCCGUGCCUCAAGAUAAAAUGUGGCCGCCAUAAAGUGUGUGUGGCUGAAGAUUACCAAACACCCACCUGUGUUAGUCAACGUAGAAUGAGUUUUAAGGACAUGAAUAUGAACUCACAACUUCUGAAAUGCAAAAGAUGUCCAGUUGUGCACCCUUCACCUGUUUGUGGAACAGAUGGACACACUUACUCCACCAAGUGUAAACUAGAAUAUCAAGCUUGCAUCUCUGGAAAGCAGAUUUCUGUGAAGUGUCCAGGACAGUGUCCCUGCCCUUCAGGAAAUCCAGCAGAGAAGAGAGGAUGUGGUAAUGCAGAGAUGAUUGAAGUGGUCAGCAGAUUACGAGAGUGGAUCACAGUUCUUCAUGAGAGUGGCAAUCCCAGCAAGAAAUACAAGUUCCAGAAGCCAGAAAAGAAGGUUGACAUGAGUAAGGUUCCCCUCUGUAAGGACUCUCUGGGCUGGAUGUUCUCCAGACUGGACACAAACUUUGACCUUCAGCUCGAACAAUCAGAGCUGUCCAGCCUGAGCUCAGAGAAGAGUGAUGUGUGCACUAAAGCCUUCCUCAGGUCAUGUGACACAGACAGAGACAGGCUUGUUUCCAGCCAGGAGUGGUGUUCUUGCUUUCAGAGAUAUCAAGAGGCUCCCUGCCAGUCAGAGAUCAGCAUCAUCCACAAUCAGCAAGCUGGGAAGAAAUUACUGGGUCCGUACAUCCCCUCCUGUGAUGAGGAUGGCUUCUACAGGCCUCACCAAUGUCAUGGCAGCAGUGGUCAGUGCUGGUGUGUGGACCGCUAUGGAAAUGAGAUGGCUGGGUCUCAUACCCACGGCCCUGCUGACUGUGUUGUGGAGUCUUCUGGAGAUUUCGGCAGCGGUGACUCUCUGCUCUCAGACGAUGAAGAUGGUGAUGUUGUAAAUGAUGAAGAGGAGAUGGGAGAUGAUGAUGAUGAAUAUGAACAAAUUGAUGAUGAGUAUGGGUACCUAUCAUAAUCCGUUUUCCACUGUCUUUUUUUCACUUAUUUUAAAACAUUUUAAAACAAGGAACCAAAUAAAUGACAGACUUUCAUUUGGCCUUAAAGCACGUUACUAGGUGAUCUCGGCAGAGUGCAGGACUAACAUUACUAAAGGGUUCAUCUACCCCUGUGCCGUAUAACAUUUGUACAAAAUUAAUAACCACAUUUCAUUUGUAUUACUUUUCUUAUAUUCAUCCAAAGUUAAAACGUAUAUGGACAGACUUAGAA